AUGAUGGCACCCUUAACCUCUGCGAAGUUGUUCAUACUUAGCUUGAUACUUUAUUCCUCGUGGGAACAAUAUAACCCUAACCACCACUACGUGCGUGCAAUAAGCACAUCAUCAUCACGAUAUGGUAAUAGUGGAACAACAACAGGAACAACCAACCCAUAUGAUUCAUCAGAUGAAAGCACCAUCGGAUCCAUAGCAGGUGGAAUGCACACAAAAACACAAUUACCAAAUCACUUUCAACAUAGAAGUUAUAAUAAAAACGACCCUCCCUUUAAAAGCACCUUCCCAAAUGAACCAUAUGAAGGAACACAUAAUGGAUCAACUUCAAAGAGAAAUGAUUAUAAUGCACCAUAUGAGACGAAAAGAAAAAAGGAUAAAAGUGUUAAGGACAAAUGUAAAACAAUGUGUAAAAAAUUUUUUAAUGAUUGUCGUCGAGGAAUGAAACAUAGAAGUUUAUUAUUACUUAUAUUAGGUAUGGUGGCGCUUUGUGUAUUAGUUUUAUACUGUGCAAACACAAAUAUAGCAGCUUCCGAUUUAACGGAUAUAAAGGACUUAGAUGUGUGGAAAUAUGUUUGUCCAACCCUUAAAAAUAAUCCAACGCACUCAAUGGUGGGGUACGCAGUUCUUACAGCAAUAGGACUUUUCAUGCUAGGUGCUUUACUUGGAUUCUACUAUUUCAGAGCUCGAAGAAAAUACAUCCAACAAUCCAAAUACAAAAGACACAAACUAUAA